AUGUACAUGAGUUGUAUUGGUAAACCAAAGGUUAGAAGGCAAACACUAGCCAUGAAUCAUACAUCAAAAGGAGUAUGUUUCCCGGGUUUGACUCACCCUGGAAUAAUUGGGACAGCGCCAUCAAAGGAGCUCCUGGAUAUAUGGAAUGGGAGAGAAAGAGAAGUUGAAGAAAACGGUCUCAAGUCCCUAAAGCUGUGCGAGGUUCUGCAUUCUAGACCAUUAGCAAAUUUACCAUCACCCAAAGGUUGCCAAUUAGGAAAGAUAGUAAAGGGGACGCCAGAAUGGGAAAGAAUUGCUACAGAGGCAGCAAGAACAAUUCCAGGAAGAGAGAAUGGAGGAAACUGCGACAUUAAGAAUCUUAGCAAAGGUUCAAAGAUUUACCUUCCAGUGUUUGUAGAAGGAGCAAAUCUUAGCACAGGCGAUAUGCACUUUUCUCAGGGGGAUGGUGAAGUUUCAUUCUGUGGUGCAAUUGAGAUAAGCGGCUAUCUUGAGCUAAAGUACUAUAGGCUGCUCUUCAUAAAACCCUUCAAGAGUGCCAAUCAACUUAUCAGUACUAUAGGCUGCUCUUCAUUGCCUUUUCUGUCAAAUUACUUAACCAGUUGUAGUGAUAUGGAGUAA